AUGCUGACGCUGCACAGAAUAAAAAGAAUAAGCAACGCCCACCGCCUACUGCUGAACGAAGAGAGAAACAAGAUUCACGUGGUCAUAAAUGAUCAUGAAGACUUCCUACGAAAUAAUAACAGCAAAGCGUGCAGGAACAAGUAUAAAAAUGUAGGCAACCUUCACAGAAUCAUCCAUACCGGGGUGUUAAAAGGGCACAAAAAUGUGUACUUCUACAAAGGUUUAUUGCGCGUCGCGGAGAAGAGAAAAAAUGACCUAAGUUUACACCAAAUAAAUAUAAUUCUAAAGGCACUCCUACGGGGGAAGAUUUAUAGAUAUGUCUCAUUUCACUCGUUUGAGAUGCCCAUUUUGAAUCACCUAAAUUGGCUGAGCGGAUUGAUUAACCAUGUGGAGGAAGCAGACAAGUAUAAAAAAAUCCAUCUGAAGGAGGGAGAACACAUGUUAGGGAAACACCAACCCAGUGGGGGAGACCCUUCCAAAGUGAGGGAAAUAAUUUCAGACCAAUUCGACAUCUUAGUUGAUAUAUUCAAAAGCUACCUAAAAAUUCGGAAUUUUCAUUUUCCCUUUUUAAGCCAAACGAUUUUCUUCUUUAUAGUUAAAAAUUGCCAGUACCUACCAGAUGGGCAAAAUUUAUUGUCCAUUUGGGGCAUGUACGUGAAGCGAGUUCUGUCCAACCACCGUGUGGUGAAUCCAACGGAGGGGUGUCCACCCCAAAUUGGCAGAAAUCAACAAGCAGGCGUAUAUUCCAAUGCGUAUCUUUUUAUCCCCCCGGUUUGUGCACCCCAAGGGGAAGAAUCACCAACGGUUAAACUGUACAGAUAUAAGUACAUGCAUAACAUUCACGCAAAAACGGUAAGAAAUUAUACCAUUGUAUUAAAAAAUGAGAAGACGUAUAAAAGGGGAGGGGAAAAAAAUCAUCCCUGUAAACCCAUAUUUUGUAAGAAUGGAAAUCUCACUCUUUGCAAAUAUAUGGUUAUGCUCAUUUUGAAGCAAGACAAAUUAGCUACCUACUACAAGCUGCUCAAACAGAAAAGGACACCUUACAAAAAUGGAUACCUUUCAAAUGGCUACUUGUACAAAAUGAAGAACACAAAUAUGGUGUUGGAUUUCCAGUCGAAGAAGUAUCUAAUCAAAGUAGGGUUCGUGCACAAUCGGGCGUUCCUCCGAGGGGAAGGGUUUAACAAGGAUAUGGUGACGAAUGGACAUUUCCUGCGAAGCGUUUCCAACUGGAUGUCAAAGCUUAAAAUGAGGUGUCGCCUCCUUAGCGGGGGCAUAAACCCGGAUUGA